AUGAAGUCAACAUCAUGCCUGCUGAUCAUCUCGCUGGUCGGGCUCGUCCUCGUCCAGGGCCUCCCCUCCAACAGGAAGCUACUCGCGGAGGAGCUAAGCAUCACCUGGAUGGAGGGGACUCCCUAUGCACCACUGGAAAUUGCAGUGGGCGACACCGUAACCUGGACCUGGUCCAUGGGAUCCCCCCAUGACGUCUCCACCGCGACUGCAGCAGACAGCUGCACUGACCUGACGCCCAUCAGCGGGGAUCCUGUAGAGGAGGGGACGUACAGCCAGACCUUUGACACGGCAGGAACCUACUUCUUUGCGUGCUCGGUUGGCGACCACUGCGAUGAGGCUGACCAUGCCGUCUCCUGGAAGCUGGGGGUGACAUACCCCACGCUGAACAUCCCAUCUGGAGACUCGGUGACCUGGUCGUGGGAUGGCGGCGUCCCCCACAAUGUGGCAUCCGCCCCUGGCGCCGGGCGCUGCGACGACCUGCAAGUCCUGAGCGACGCGCUGUCGACCGAAGGAAAUUUCAGCAAGACGUUUGACUCGGCGGGCACCUACUACUUUGCCUGUGAGGUGGAUGUCCACUGUCAGGAUGGGAUGCAGAUCACUAUUCAGGUUUCGUGA